AUGGAGCACUGGAGCCGAGUCAAGAUUGCCAAAUGCCAGAUGCUGGUCACAGGCUUCUUUGUCUUGCUGCUAGGCCUCUCGGUGGCCACCAUGGUGACUUUCAUUCACUUCGGGGACCAUUUUGCUGUCAUUGGCCAUGUGUCCUUGGAAAGGAACCAGUAUGAAGCCAUGCGCCGUUGGGCCUUCUACGUAGGGAUCAGCCUGGCAGGCUUGCUGAGCCUGGGUGCUGCGCUGAGCGCCACAGCCACUGUGAGAGAAGCCCAGGGCCUCAUGGCUGGGGGCUUCCUGUGUUUUGCCCUGGCCUUCUGUGUCCUGGUACAGGUGGCCUUCUGGAGAUUCCGCAACCCCACCCAGGUGGAAGAUGCUGUGUUGGACACCUACGACCUGGUGUACGACCAGGCGGUGAGGAAUCCAUUGAGAUCCUGGCAGUGGGACCUGACAGCCAUCCAGGACACGUUUCUGUGCUGUGGGAAGAAAUCUCCUCUUGGACUUCUUGGGAGCCUAGAGGCCAACCUGUGUCAGGGGGAGGAGGCCAUGAGAGAGGACUGCCUGCAGAGCAUCGGGACUUUUCUGAGGACACAGGGAAGCAUUGCCUCCACCCUGACCAGCGCGGGCUUGGCCCUCACGGUGUAUUCCAUGAUGCUUAGCGCCUUCCUCUGGUUUGCCAUCCUCUCUCGCUGCGGUUUGGACAGAAAAGGCAGAUAUGCCUUGACUCCAAGAACCAGGGACUGUCAGCCCCAGGAGCCCAGCCUCUUCAGACGUACCCACUGUGAGUCCGCACCUCACGGACCUCAGUGUCCCUGUGAAGCAGAGACUUUCGCUGACCAUUCAGCUGGGUGCUUGGAUGACUCUCAGUGGCUCUAGCGCUGGCUCUGUGCUCCACUCCUGGGCAGCUGGCCACCGGCCCACAGAGAUGAAGACACCGUCCCCAAGUCUUCAUGCAGUUCUCAUGGGAGGAGACAAAGUUUGUGGUGGGGCAGGGAAAGGAGAGAAGACUCUACCAGACUCCACUCUGACGUUGUUGCGGUCAGACGUAUGAAAGGAAGAACUUCAGGGAGGAGAGGUGCAUUGUGGCUCACAGUUUCAGAGGAAUUUCAGUCCAUCUUGGUGAGAAGUGGGCAGAGGUGUCUGGCAGAAGGAAUGUUCACAAGGUGCGAGUUAGGUUUGGGACAAACCAGUUUCCUCCAGGCCUGACAUGACCAUCUGCCAAGAUGGAACCGAGAUGACUUUGGCUCUGUAAUCGUGGCAACAAAAUGAUCGGACCAAUGCAGUAAUGGCUGUAUGUCUUUGAUAAUGGUCACGGAGCUGUAGAAGGAGGGGUAGGAGGGUCCCAGGACCCUCACCUGGGAGUCCAGCCAUUGCUCCCUCCUGUCCCACAACUGCAGUGUGGUCUUGGGAGAUGCUGGCGUAUACAGAAAGUGGAAGGCGAACUGAAAGUGACACUGAGCGAUACAGUUGUCCUGAGGUUGUCACUCAUGAGUGAGCGAGACUGUGCAGUGAUGCAGCUGUCUGAGCUCCCCACACUCCUGUAAGUAACCUCUCAGCCAUGCUCUGUAUGUAACCCCAAUAAAUUCAUCGGUUCACCAGUGAA